AUGAGUCCCAACAAGGGAGGAAGGCCCCGCAAUGCCUGGACAUCCUCUCGAAUGAGGAAACUUGUUCGACUAUACACUUUAACGACCCUUAAUAUGCAUGAGAUUGUGAGCGUUCUGAAAGCUCAUGAGUUCGAUCCGUCGUCUCGCGAUGUUCAGAAGAAGCUCCGGGAGCUCUUUCCUAGAGACUACACAAAGUGCCACAAGUCCUUUCGUCCCCCCAAGGAUCGACCAAUCCAGUUCCGUCUGGAAAAGCUACGAGCGCAACGGCGUGAGGGAGCAUUAAGCGAUCUAAAUCAAUGUGAUGAGGGUAGAAGCUUGAUCACAAACCCGUCGGGGGCACCGAAUGAUCCAGAGACAUUCGAAGGAGUAGGGACGGCUUUCCGUGGCUACUCGGGCUCUGGAGAACUUGCUGCACCAUACACGUUUAUCCAAGUUACAGUUGGUUGCGGAACUCAAUCGACGAGAACAGACGCUCAAGCACAGCAGACAUCGACAACUGUAGCUCAAGAGGACCUGUCGUCUACAGGUAGCCAGUCACGACUGUCUCUCAUCAGCAUCAAAUCUCUCAAAGAGAGAGUGAAGAGAUCGAGCUCGUUCAUACAACAUGUUCAUUCUGUGUUGCGCUUUUCAUCUACCAACUCCUGGAGAUCAAGUCUAUCCUUUCGCUCUAGCGUGGUCUCGCUGGAUUAUUCAUCGUGGGUACAUUCCUUCACCGAACAUCCCAUUGCCGGCCCUCAAAUGUCGGAGCAACAAACUCUAGCUUCAAGUUCAUCUGGGUUAAGAGAGGCAGAGACUGAGAGGAUGAUGGCACCGCACUGUUAUUCUACCGAAAAUGACAAACCUGCUUGGCAUGAAGAGCUCUGGAUGGAUAUACGCAACAGACACGUAUGUUCAGAGGACGAAAGAUUGAGCUUAAGACAUCGGCCUUGUUAUUGUGGUCGGCAAGAAAGUCACCUCAGAGCGUUGCAUGGGCAAGAUGUGCUCGAUGCUAACACUCGCGACUUCUUUGGCAAUACACCACUACAUUUCGCUGCAAUUUCAUGGAAUCGAGAUUGCAAUUUAUUCAUCAAAAUCAUCGAUAACGGCACCGACGCUCGAUCAGUGAACACUUCUGGAGAAACCUUCCUUCACACUCUGUUUCAUUCCAUAACUAUAAGAGAUUUACUGGCAUGGACCGAUUUGCUGAUUUAUCUCGAGAAGCUUAGCUUCCCAUUCUCAGCUCAGGAUUACCACGGACGCACGGUAAUGCAUGUUUUAUUCGAUAGCGACUAUCGGAAGCUGAAGAAACUUCCAUCCAAGCAGGUUCAUGCUUUGUUCGAAGCCGUAAAGAUUAUGAAGCCGAGGCUCGACAUAAUGGAUAAUCUAGGCCAUACAAUCAGUGAUUACUUAUACGACCCUCCUCCGAAUCAUAUGCUACCUGGUGGAAAAGCUAAAGCGACAAGCAUCACUGACAUAAACUUCAUUGGCAGUUUGUCGAAACUCCAACACAAUUUGGAGUCUUGGACUGAUUGGCUUGGCAAUACAGGAACUUAUUCUUGGCUUGACUCUGACGGCAACACUCCUCUUCACGCAUUGAUCAAGACUUUCCCUGCGGCCGAUAAUGAGACAGUGCUGGAAGGCAUUAUUCGCAAGUUGUCUCGAGCUGGCACAUGCAUUCACAUGCGAGACCGGACAGGAGAAACUGCGCUUGCUAUUGCAGUUCGAAGAGGUUUUCGCCCCGUCAUCACAACACUCGUGGAUCUUGGAGCUUCGAUACAUUGCAGAGACUAUGUGGGCACAGGAGUACUCGUCCGUGCACGCAAACAUCUUCGCAAGGCCUUAAAGAAAGAGGACAUGAAGCUCUAUUCAAGGAUCUUAAGUGUUGUUACUUUGCUUGUUGACUUGGGCGCGGUCAAAUACCCUAUCGGCGUGGAAUGGGCAGUGCCUUCCUCGUUGCUCGCUCGAAGACCAAGGCUUGGUCAUAUAUUAGCUUUGAACUCGAGAGGUGACCGGAUCAUGAGGGAAGCGGGACUGUAAGAGGGGUGCUCCAGGAGAGCCGCAUGUAUUUGAAUAUAUACAACAAAUGUCUGGAAAUGAAACCAAGUAUACCGGAUCAAUGGUCUUCUCAAACAACAUCUUGUAAGCGAAUGGAGGUAGGAAAGGCGUUGGGAACCCAUGUCUCAUAAGAAAUUAAUACCUUUCCCUGGACCCCUACUUUUAGCGUGCUCAAAUGCAAUAUUGUAGAGGGGGUAAGAACAUGAACCAGCAGUACGCGAAAACAACCAAAACAACAACAAGUAGGCACUGCGCGAAGCAGACCACUAUUCGCAGUAGUAGAAUAGGUUUAAAACAUCAUAAAAAGCAUUCGAAAGCAUAUCACUGU